AUGCUGCUUUUUUAUAAAGUGAGUUCAUCAAUAAGCGCUCCUUCGUUAUGCGGUUCAGUUGUUGAAUCAGGAACUCAAAACUCAUUACGAAAUGUGUCUUUAGUGAGAGAUACAAAUGAACGGGCUGUGGAAAUAGCAAGUGGAUCGAACAGUCAUAUUUCACCUAAUGGUACCGUCGUAGCACCAGAAAAAAUCGGAAGGCCAGGAUUUCGGCCAAAAAUAAAUCUUGAAUUAGAUCAUCCAGAUAUGUUAUCAGGAAUUCCUCAACAACCGCCGCAACCACCAAUGAUGGGGAUGAUGAGAGCACAUCAGCGUUUUGGUGUGCCACCAUUUCGUGAUAGUGUACCAAUUAUUGAUAGCAGUCGUGGUGCACCAUUUAUUGAUGAACGUGGAUUGCCAUUUCCAAAUAGUAGGAUUGUUUCGUUAUAUGAUGAUGGUCGAUUACCAUUCCACGAAUAUGAACAUCCACAAGGUGAUGAAGCCAUCCGAAUUCGGCAUGUUUGGAGCACACGGCCAUCAAUUACUCAAAGGAGAAUGUUGCAACCAGGAGUUUUUCGUGAUCGAAAGCGUACUGCAGUUGGUAUGCCCGCUGGACGGAUUUAUGGAACGGAAAUGUGUGAUCGUUCGCGUUCUCCAUGCGGUGGUUCAAAGCCGUUAGUUGUAAAUAGCAGCUGUGAAACUGGUGCUAGUACUACGACUACACCAAAUGCUAAUGCAACUCAUGUGUCAUCAAAUAAUGACGUGGAACAAAAUAUAGUAUUAGUUGAUGAAAACAGCGAACCAGGGACCGAUAAGAUCAGCCAUUGUUAA